GAAGGCAACGUGACGGGUUGGCUCACAGAAAUUCAGCAUUAACUGACAGGUUCCUAGAUUGAAGCAGCAUGAGUGAGACAUCGUAGCACUUUUUUGUGUGUGUGUGUGUGUGUGUCCGUGUUGAGUUAUAAGGAAAACAGAAACAUGUUUUUUCCCUUCUCCUGGAUCCUGGGAACAUCUUUUCAUUCAAACCCAAUAGACUGUUUUUUACAAGGUCUCGUGGGUGCAUGUGGAGUAUCAGUGCUGUGCAAUUUGACGAGGGUUUACAACUUUCUUCAAACAUGCAGUGAUUCUGAGACUGAGACUGAAACUGAAAUUGAAAGCAAACAGGGGUCAUCCUCACCUGGCAAUGCUCUGAGAGGAAAGUGGAGAUCAGCUCUCCAGUUCUGGUUCCUGACAGUCCUCCUGUCUCUGGUGGGCUCAAGGGUUUCCUCUCUGAUAGUGCUGGAAUUUUCUCUGAGAGCUGUUUCUGCCUGGACUUCAGCAGGACUGGAUGCCAGUGACAGAGGCCUAGACCUGCUCCUGAUCCAGUGCCAGUUUUCCCUGGGGUGCUGCCUCACCUGUACUCUUGACUUCCUCCAUCAGGGGGCUCCACACAGCUCCAUCAGCUUGUUUCUGGCAGCUGUUCUCAGCUGGGCACUAGCAAGUGUCAGCCACAGUCUGCUGAGCCAUGUGGUCAGACUCUACCCACUACAUAGUAGAGAGCGUUACUGUGGGAAGUGUAUCAGCCUCCUGGCGUCCGGACACACCAUACUGGCUUCGCUGCAAAGAGCGGUUAUCUUGGCCUUUGCUCUUGCAACUGUGGCUUCCACCGCGACGGUUUAUGACCACUUCCUGUCCCAGAAGGAUGCUCUUAAGUUAUGGACUCCAUUGACACUCUGCUACACCAUGUUGGUGUUCUACAACCAAGAGGAUCAGCAGCGGCAGAAUGGCACAGAGGCCUUGCUGCACACUGUAGUGCUGCGACUGGGAGCCUUACUGGUGCUCAUGUUGACUGUGGGUGACUGGUCUGAUGUCCUCCACGUCCUCAUCACCUUCCUGGGUGAAGCAGUCUGCCUGCUGCCCUCUCAGGACCUGCUGAAAGCUGCAUUAAAGGAAGAAGAAGAGACAAGCCUGAGAAAAUAUGAACAGAGCUCUGGUCCCAAAACGAGGAAACUCACAAUGAGCAUAUCAUCAGAUGAGAGCUGAUGGUGAACCCGAAAUCUACCUCAAAUACCAAAGACUACCUCCA